GGUCUUUAAACCGAAACGAACUAGUGUUACUUAUUCACAUGUCCCUCCUUUGUGCAUCCCCAGCUCCUCGUACGUCUCAUUACACCGGGUAUGUUCACUUCCUGCCAUGAGCUGAGCAUAGCAGGAAAGAUUAUCGACAAUUAAGACCUCUUCUCUCUCUCAAUUACAUAUAACAUUCGAACUCAAGAAAAAUCCGCCAUCAGUCAUCUGUGGCCUGUGGGACCUUCAAGUUUCAAUUUUGAAAGGAAGUAAAACAAGCUCAAGGAAAAUGUUGCCGCAACAGAUGAAGAAAGCUAUCACAGAGAACCCUAAAAAACUUGCUAAUUUGAUUGAUCUUGUAAAUCUUCCUUCAACACUUCGAGAAUUCGUGGGUCAGUCUCAAAUUUCCCGCUUGGGAUGUUUCAUGCGUGUUUGGUCCUAUAUCAAGACUAAUAAUCUCCAGGAUCCAAAGAACAAGAAUAUAGUCAACUGUGAUGAAAAGUUGAAAGGUAUUUUGUUGGGGAAGCCUCAAGUUGAUCUCGCUGAACUUCCUGCACUGAUCAAAUUGCAUUUUCCCAAAGGGCCAAAGUAGGUUGCAAUCUGAGAUCAAGAUUUCUGUCUCCCUAGAAAGUAAUAUUACACAGUUGCAUCACAAAAAUAUGUAGCUUCCUUGCAUAGUAAUAUAUUUAUGGAUGGUUGUCUGCAUAUUUGAAUAUGACGUAAUCAAGAUAGGGUUCCUGUUUCAAGUUGAAGCUUCCUUUCUUCCAUUGAAUGUUUUUUUCUUAUGAGGUUUUGUUUCAUUUUAUGUUAAUUUAUUUAUGUCAAUUUGCUGAUUUCAGUGUGUAAUCUGAUUAUUGUUUGACCAUCGGAGAAGGUAAUCAAUGAAACGAAAUUAUUCUCUA